AUGGGGAUUGCGGUGCGACGACGCGCCGCCUUUCGAGGGCUGUCUCUGGCCGUCCUGCUGCAACUGUUCCUGCAGACGACCUGUAGCAGCAGUGGCCCAGUGCCCGACAACCUCGAUGACCUCGACAUGAGCGGUUAUGACGACACAGACGACAUGGGCGAUAUGGGCGACAUGGGCGACGGCGAUCCUGACGGCGGUGGACCAGGCGGCUCUGGCGAGACUGCCCUGGGUGCCCUGAAGCUCGACAGUCUGACUUUCGACAAGGUGGUGCGCAGCGAAGGCUGGACGACCCUCGUAAAAUUCGACACGCAUGCACACUGGAAUCGAGACGACGAGGUGGAGGGGCAUUUCAAGACGCUGUGUGGCCAGGCCUACGAGGCGCCGAAUUUCCUCGUCGGGGAGGUGCAGGUGCAGGCGGGCGACGAUUCGCCCGAGAGCAACGAUGAUCUGCGCAAGAGGUACCAGGUCUCCAGCGACCAGUUUCCCGCGUAUUUGUUGUUUAAGGAGGGCCCCGAGAAGCCCAUCGCACUGUUGCGGAUUCGGGGGCCAAAACGGCCACGAGCUUAUUAA